GUGCAUUUGACCAGACUUAUUGGCCAAGUAGUAAGAUGACGAUCAUAAGACUGGCUAUAACCUUGGCGGUGUUUGUUCAACUGUUGGCAACAGGUUUCAAUCAGGUUGUCGCCCAGUUUACAGGACCAACACUAGCCUGCGGUGGCACAUCGUUGCUGAAAACGACCACACUGAUCUCGCCGGCGCAGAUUGGCACUAAUGGCGCCGCCACGAGCUGUACCUACAACAUACGUGCCAUUAAUUUGCGCGUCUGUCAGCUACGCUUGGAUUUCAACUCGUUCAACCUGGCACCACCGACGGUCAGCCCAUUCCCGGCUUGCAACAUCGACACACUUUCGAUUGCGAAUUUAGAUUUCAAUUUGUGCGGUGAAAACAGCGGACAGCACAUUUAUGUCCCGUUUAGUCCAACGCUGGCAAACAUGACAUUGGCCAUUAACUUCAAUAUAGGUUCACGGAUUCCGGGCCAGGUUGGACCCUACUGGAACGUUCGCGUACAACAGCUCGAGUGCCCGGUGGGGGCUGCAUUUGCUUCGAAGACCGCGAUCCGCACGGAAUCACUGGUGAAGACCUUCCACAACGAUUUGAGUGAACUUGCCCCGACGGGUUGCCUCCAGUAUCACACCACCUCGACCGGAAUCAUCAAAUCAUUCAACUUCAACAAUGGAGGCCCGUACAUUGGAAACAUGAACUAUGCCAUAUGCUUUCGAAGGACUCGUGUCAACUCGGCACUGAAACUGUUUGCCGAUGUGUUUGACCUUGCUGCCGGUGAUGCUACUGGAUACGACAGCUCGUGCUACUCGAACAUUGAAACCCCCGGUCGAUCGGAAGACUAUCUGCACAUUCCGGAGGCGAUUGCUCAGAUGGAUCAACCCGUACGGGCAAAUCGAUUCUGCGGCCAGAGCAUUCAUCAGAAAUCGGUGGAAACCUCUUCGCCAGGACCGUUUGUUUUGUACUUCAACAGCGAUUCCACCUACGGUGCCAAUGGGGCAACUGAAACCGGCUUCCAACUUUCCUACCAGAUAGUAUGAACGCAUACCCAUUUAAGUGUUUUCUGUUAGGACAAGUUUCGUCCAAAAAAUACCUUCGAGACACUGUUGAUUUUAAUAAUAACAUGAAUUUGGCAAGCUGAAAGAUAGACGAAUUUUACACCUUAUUUGUUACGUUCUAUUACCAUGUACCUGCGUCGAAUGAGGAAGUCAUUAAAAUCAGCAGCGGCCGAGCUGAAUCUUCGAAUAA